UGCUGCUGAGGGUGUGAUAAUGGGCGUUCGUGUGAUGAGCAGUUGCCGCUAUCUCGUAAAAUAUUACAGCAACAAGUUCAUAAACUGAAUGUGGAUACCUACACAGAUUUGGGAUGCUUCCAAGUAAACGCGCGGAGAUGCGUCACCCUAUGCACUCAACAGGGCCCUCCGCCGGCGAGCUCUGAGGUCUGUGGCCUUCAUGAGAGAGACCUGAUCGGCCCUCGCUGCUGCAGCCUCCGGUGCCUCCUCCACGGCCUCCCAUUGCUCCCCCAGCCCCCCACCACCACCACCACCACCCCUGGGGCCGACCGAGCCGAAUCCCUCGACGCAGGAUCCAGUUCUCCCUAGCACCUGCCCUCCCUCCCCUGCUCUGGCUGGUCGGCUAGCUAGCUAGUGGGCUAGCAGGCUACCUACCUGGCUACCUGUGUGCGUCAGCUCGAUUUCCCGUGCGCGUUGGUCCCCGGCAAGCGUGCGAAACUGUUUCUCCAACGCUUCUACCAGAAACUCAGACUGUUUUCCAGAGCAGAGCCCGUCGUGGCCGAGCCCUCGCAGCCCCUGCAGGAGGGCAUGGGGAGCGUGCGCGCCCACCGCUACAGCAUCGUCUCUUCCGACGAGGACGGCAUGAAGCUGGCCACCAUCGCCCUGCCCAAUGGCUACGGCAACGGCAACGUCGGGGGAAACGGCAGCAGCGGCGUCGGUGGCGGCGUCGGCACGGUGCACACGCACACGCAGCCGAGCCAGAGCCGCUUUGUCAACAAGGACGGCCACUGCAACGUGCAGUUUGUCAACAUGAGCGAGAAGGGCCAGCGUUACCUGGCUGACAUCUUCACCACCUGCGUGGACAUCCGCUGGCGCUGGAUGCUGGUCAUCUUCUGCCUGUCCUUCCUGCUCUCCUGGCUCUUCUUCGGCCUGGUCUUCUGGCUGGUGGCGCUGUACUACGGCGACUUGGAGAGCAGCACGCAGAUAUGCGUGUCCAACGUGAACAGCUUCACGGCGGCCUUCCUCUUCUCGGUGGAGACGCAGACCACCAUCGGCUACGGCUCCCGCUACGUGACGGAGGAGUGCCCCAUGGCCGUCUUCAUGGUGGUCUUCCAGAGCAUCGUGGGCUGCAUCAUCGACGCCUUCAUCAUCGGCGCCGUGAUGGCCAAGAUGGCCAAGCCCAAGAAGCGCAACGAGACGCUGGUGUUCAGCUACUACGCCACCAUCGCCAUGCGCGACGGCAAGCUGUGCCUGAUGUGGCGCGUGGGCAACCUGCGCAAGAGCCACCUGGUGGAGGCGCACGUGCGAGCGCAGAUGCUCAAGUCGCGCACCACCGCCGAGGGCGAGUACAUCCCGCUGGACCAGAUCGACAUCGACGUGGGCUUCGACACGGGCAUCGACCGCAUCUUCCUGGUCUCCCCCAUCACCAUCGUGCACGAGAUCGACGAGGACAGCCCCUUCUACGAGAUGAACCGGCGGGAGCUGGAGACGACGGACUUCGAGAUCGUGGUGAUCCUGGAGGGCAUGGUGGAGGCCACCGCCAUGACAACGCAGUGCCGCAGCUCCUACCUGGCCAGCGAGGUGCUCUGGGGCCACCGCUUCGAACCCGUGCUCUUUGAGGAGAAGAAGACCUACAAGGUGGACUACGCGCGCUUCAACAAGACCUACGAGGUGCCCAGCACGCCCGCCUGCAGUGCCAAAGACCUGGACGAGAACAAGUCCCCGCGCUCCAGCACCAACUCCUUCUGCUACGAGAACGAGGUGGCCCUGAUGGAGAAGGAGGAGGAGGAGAUGGAGGAGGAGGAGGAGGAGGAGGGGAAGAAGGCGGCAGCAGCAGCCAUUGAGGGCGCAAAGAGCACAGCGAUCUUAAACGAGGUGGAACUCGAGGACGUGGGCAUGGAUGUUGGUGUGGAUGCGCUGUCCGAUCAGGACACCGUGCCUUUGGACGCCAGGCCACUGAGACGGGAGUCUGAGCUUUAAAACAGGAUGGAUUACUGUAUGCUGUGGAAAACCAAACCAACUGCAAACCCAUGUACAUAACCACCAACCAAGAGGAAUCCUGGGGGGGAGUUGUAACUGCUGCCUGCCGCCCGUGGCAGGACUGACGUGCCAGCGUCAUUUUCUGACCGGGGCAUCCCUCCAUCUGUCUAUGAACAGUGUGGUGGGGACCAGGAUAUCCAAUGAGAUUGCAUGAUUCCCUGAGGUCAUUAUGCAUGUGGCUGACUGUGAGAUUGUGACACAGUAUACGUUGCUCUCCCAAUGUCACUUUGUCAAACACUAGGGUCACACUUUGGUUUGUUUUGAUGCAUCCAGGUACGGUGCUGUUGCAGCAUUGCUUUGCAAAUAACACAGGGUAACAACAGAAGGAAAAAAAAUGGGUUGGCUGGCAUGCAAUCUGAAUGUCUUUCUGCAUGUUUCUUAAUACCUGCAAGUACAGUAGUUUUAAAAAGCUACACUUACACAUAUUUUUAUACUGUUUUGAGGACACGUGUAUUAUCCACUUGGAUUGACGGAUAACAACAGUGUAAGAGGUGUUGGAAAUGUCGUCCUUUUUUGUACCAUUUUCAUUAUCAAGAAGAUAGAACUAAAAACAGUGGCAUGGCACCUUUUUAACAGACAAUUUGCUUCAGCGAUGGUGUGGCCGAUCCGUACUCAUGAGAGACAGAGGUACAGUAGGAUAGCUGUGCAGGCAAGAUUCCUGAAGUUAUCGGUGUCUCCAAAACACAUGCACACACUGAGUGAGCCUGGGCUUGUUGUUUUAGACCCCUAAUGCAAUGCUGUGAUUGCCAAAGCCAAUUAUAUUUUGUUACCAGGAAGAGUAUGGGGGUGAGAGAUUACAAGCAAAGAAGGAAACACUCAAAAAAAAGCUCUGACACCAAGUAGUAUUUCAGAUUUUUUUUUUUUUUUAGAAAAAAGAUACUGUUAGCUUUGUAGUUGUUAAUGAGCUGGUCUCUUAACACCCAUCUUAAGCUACAAACUCUGUCUGUUGGUGACUGUGUACAAGAGAGAGAUAGAUAGAGAGAAAGAGAGAGAGAGAGCAAAUAUGUGUGUGCGUGUGUAUGUGCGUGUGCGUGUGCGUGUCUGUCUGUCUGUCUGUCUGUGUGCGUACGCGCGGGUGUGUGUGUGUGUUUUUGUGUGUGUGCGUGCAUGCGUGCGUGCGUGCGUGUGUGUGUGUGUGUAAGAGAGAGUGUGUAUGCAUGGAAUCUCAAACUCUAGUGAGGUCUCUGGUACUCCCAUUGAGGUCCGACAAAUAGCAUGCUGUGCUGAUGCGUGUUGCUCCAUUUUUUCCGGCUGGCAUGAACUGCUGUGCAUUAUGCUGCUCACUCACUCACUCACUCACUCCAUCCUCAUCUCGGCUAAGUAUAGCAUCUUUUUUGAAAUGAGAGCCCUUAGGCGGGUCUUCAUUUGCUUCUCUUCAACACACAGCCACCAGUGGGAGGCUAUGUGUUUGGCAUGUACUGAGAGAGAGAAGGAGAGAGAGAGAGAAGGAGAGAGAGAGAGAGAGAGAGAGAGGGAUUGAAAGACAGAUAUGUAGAUAGAGAGAGCAAGGGAUGUCAUCUAUAUGGGCAUUUUAAAAACAGCCCCCCUCAGUGGGAGUGGGAUAUAUACAGUACGUUGCAGCUGACCACGCAAGCAACAGGCAAUUUGUGAGAGCUAAAGAGUGCGAUGUGCAAUACAGUAGUCCUGGGAGUGUCAGGGCAGAACCAGCCUCCUGUGCAAUCACAAAAACGGUAACACGUUAUUUUAAGCUUCACAUGUCAGCCACUAAUACUGUACAUGCCUGACUGCUGUAUAAGUUUAAGACACGUGUUAAGCAAACUCAAUAUUUUUGGGCGUGUAUUCACAAAUUUCUUGUUCACAGCCAAUUAAUGGACUAAAAAAAACGAAUGAAAGGACUUAAUGGCUGAUAUGACUGCAAUGAGCACCUAGUAGGUCCUCUAGACAUCUUAUAAGCCACUUAUACAGACGGUCAUUAGGCAAUUAUUAGUGACUGACAUGCGAACCCUGUUCUAAAGUGUUACCACAAAAAUCUCAGAGAGGAAAACUGAUCAAGCAAGUGAAUGUCUCUAAUCAAGUGCUGCUAAGUUACAUAUUUGCAAGUGAAAGGGAAAAAAAAACAAGGUUGCAGGAUUUUUUUUAGCAAUCGAGUUCCUCAAGUGAGUGUGUAAAAGAAACUGUUUUUUUUUUCAGGAUAUUAAUAUUACACACUAUGGUGCACUUUCUUAUAACCAUGAUCAUUUGCCCCAUCAUGGAGUAGAUUAUUAUAUUAAAUAGAUUAUUUUCUUAUUGAGCCAAAUGUAUAUAGUGAGGAUAAGCUUUUCCUAUGUCCCUUUACAUUUUCUAGUUAAAAUUGUCUGAAGACGUAAGCUGUCCUUGUGCAGGUUAAAUAGACACCAGUCACUUGUAAAUCCAGUCUAUUUAUAUAUGGAAGAUGAAAAUAAAAACAAUGAUGCAGUAUUUUCCCCUCCUGAGAAGCUGUGUGACAGAUCCGCAAGUUGUUCUAUGUGAGUGGUCUUGUGACGAACGGAACACUGUCAAGGGUCCAAUGUGUUAAAAGUCCCCUUUUAAAAAGUCAGUACCCAUAGGGAAAAGUUAUGUAGAACCUGAAAAUAUUCCUAUGAAAACAAUUCAAACAAGACAAUAUGCUCCUCAUAAGUUGUUGAGUUCAUUAGGUUAUAGGCAGCAGCCGGAAAUAUAGCCCUAAAAAUGUUGAACCGUGUGGAUGCUUAUUGCAUAUAGGCCUAUGUAGAAGCCUAUGUGCUGGGUUAGUAGUGUUGAUGGCACAUGAAUAUGGAAUUCAUACUCUUAUAUAGACUUUUGGAAAUUUAAAACUACACUAAUAAGGAAAGUGGAAAUGUAUGGUGGUGGAUUUAUGUAUGAUCAGUUAAAAUGGUUAAAACAAAAGGUUUGUCAACAGGUCAGGUAACACAAAUGUUGAUAAGGGGCAAACACAUUGGACCUUUAAGGUGUGUCCCAUCUGAGUGGGCCUGUGACCUAUACCACCACUACACUGCUCUAGUUCUGUCCAUCUGUCUGCAAGACAAGACAGCACCACACUAUGGCAGACAGAUUACAACGAGGCUUAAAAAGCCAAAAAGCAAUACAACACCAAGUCUGUGUGUGUUUGUGUGUGUGUGUGUGUGUGUGUGUGUGUGUGUGUGUGUGUGUGUGUGUGUGUGUGUGUGUGUGUGUGUGUGUGUGUGUGUGUGUGUGUGUGUGUGUGUGUGUGUGUGUGUGUGUGUAAUUUUGUGUGUGAUUGGGUUUGUCUGUGUCCGUGAGUCAGGGUAUGUGUAAUAGAGACAGGCACGGUCGUGUUUUGUAUGGUUGAAGUGGUGAC